AUGUCUCUGCCAGAGGCCGAUUUCCGGGCCCUGUUCGGCAAUUGGACAUCUCGGAAUAAUGCUGCAAGAACGUCCUUGCCUCCAUUGUCAUCUUGGACCGACUACGUUAGAUCAGGUGCCAACAACCUAUAUGAAUCACUCCCCACAUACAACAACCCUGGGGUGUCUGCUCCGCAGCAGGAGCCUUCGUGGUUCAAACUAAGCAGGUUCGAGAAGAUUGUUGGGUUCGGAUGCUGCCUUGCCGCCUCGAUGUUCUGCUUUAUCUUCAGCUUCUUUAUGUUCCCCGUUCUUGCUCUCAACCCUCGCAAGUUUGCCCUUCUCUGGACAAUGGGGUCUUUCUUAUUUGUCAUGUCGUUUGGUAUACUCCAGGGUCCGUACGCUUACAUCAGGCAUCUCACAAGCCGGGACAGGAUCAUUUUUUCGGGUAUAUUCUUCGGAUCCAUCUUCCUCACCAUGUACUGUGCUCUUAUUCUCAGGAGUACCAUAUUGACCCUCCUUGCUAGUAUUGUGGAAGUGGUGGCAAUCCUCUACUAUGUCAUCAGUUACUUCCCUUUUGGUGCUACAACACUAACCUGGUUCACCAGCUAUAUGGUAGGUUACUUUGGUGGGUUAGUAUCAGCCAUCUUCUGA